AUGCAUCGCAUUGCGCCCUGUAACUCUCCGCGGAAAGCAGUACCUACACCGCAGACAUGCCAGCGCUUCCUUCGGUCACUCGCUACGAGCUUCGCUCAAGACAUACGCGCAAACGGGAUCGAAGGCGAAGGGUUGAUAUUUUCAUGGCCGCAGAAGCAGACGGCCCGGGAGCUCGAAGAAGCGCAACAGGCAGAGAUUCUUGCGGUUAAGGAAAGGCUUCGGAAACACAGCGAAAAGCUGAGGUCCGAACGAAGCACACGCCAGCAACACGAGCACGCAUUCCUCUCGCAGAUCCAACAUGUUAAUAGCCUAAGGAAGGUAGAGGAAUAUCGAAUGAGGUUGGCCGAACUGGAGGCUAUUGAGAUCAAAGUACCGGGGGAGCAUUCUGCGCCACCGGAUCUGCUUCGUCUCAAUGCGAGCUUAGGCCAAUCAUUAGCAGACAGGACUGGCGCUACAAACAGAAGAGCGCUCUGGGCUUCCUACGCAGAAGCUAAGCGGACCGUUCCAGGGCUACUCGAGGCAAUCUCGCAAGCAACGUGGAAUUUUCUAUGGACCGUUCAGGCUGGGCCUUCUUCCUACCCGGAUAGCGAACGAUUUGGGCGUCUGGAAGUGUUGUUAAAAGACAUUAAUAGCAUCGGUCGGUCCCCUUUAAAGGGAUUCGCACGUGUUGAGGCUCUGUGCCACGUUGGCGAACACGAAGAAGCCAUCGACCUUUGGGAAAAGCAGCGGCGCUAUGUAUCGGAUGAAAGAGUUAAAGAUUAUUUAGAACUCGGCAUCCGAAUCCAUGCAGCGGCAGGAGAUCCCAAUCGGGCCCAGCUGCUCCUCGAAGAGUUGCGUGAGAAACACUCGAACUGGGACGUACGAAUCAUCAUCCCACUUCUGAUAUCGUUCAAUACAUGCGACGGCAGAGAUACUAGGCAAGACUACUUCCAUCAAGCUUGGGCACUCUACCUGCUGCUGCAAGAGCGCACCUCAGACCUAACGCGGUUGGAAUACGAAGCGAUCUACUCCAGCUUUUUGAGAAGUCGCCAAAGAGACCUCUCCAUUUCCGUUUUCAUGGAUAUGCUAGCCCAGACAAGCCGCUCGAUAGACGACCCCAAGGGUUUAAGCGGGCAGGUAUACCGCUACAUUCGCCGCCUUCAAUUGUUGAGCGAAACGACCUCACAGAUCAACCAAGCCUCUCUCCUCGGACUUCGGAUUAUGCCAAAUCAUCACCAGAACGUCGACAUCUACAAAACGUGGUUAGGCAAGCUGGCGAGGUUUAAGGACGACCUUUCAAUCGCCCAGCUUCUGGAGCUAAUGUAUGAGAGGAACAUCGAUCUCACGGCGAGGCAGCUCAACACUGUCGUCCGCACUUUGCUGAGGCCAAAGCGGUCUGGUGACGCGGUUCAGCGUCUGACGGCACGCAGGCACGGCGAAGAGCUUGCCUGGCUCAUGAUACGAGAGAGACUCAACUUUGGGCGGCAACAACGCGAGUCAAGAAGGAAAGGCUUGUUGUCGGACGGGCAGCCCGCGGGACAGCCUAAGAAUGAUGCCCGUAUCCCCAUCUUUCUUCGUCGACCCGUUUUACCAGCGACAAUCGAGACAUUCACCAUCCUGCUUCGCUUUUAUACAAGGAACAGGCUCGACCGACCGCACCACAAAUCUUACGUGAGUCACCUCCGGAAUGUCCGCAAAUCCUCAGGGGUCCCCGCAGAAGCUACGUUCCUGGCGCAGCUUAUAUUUCGGGAUAUGAGGUGGGGCCAUUACCGCGAAGCCUGGCAGAAAGUGAGGCGGUUUUCCAACACCGUUCAAGCCAACGCCGACGUUUACGCUAAGCUCUGGUACGGCAUGACACUCUACGUCGACCGAACGAAGAAUAGCUGGCACAAAGGGUACCCGCCACCAAGAAGUCUGUUCGCUCGGAUGGAAAGAGCCUUUUCGGAUCCUGAACACGCUUCCGGCGUGCGACUGCAUGAGUCUAUUACUAGAGUGACGUACAAUCGGAUCAUAUCCAGCUUCUGCAUGGUGCCUGAUUUGGCUGGGACCCUGGUCGCGCUCCACGCUCUGAAGACCCGGUUCGGCAUCUACCCACAGCAGAUGGUAGCUCGUGCUAUAGUGAAGCAAGUAGCGCGUGUCGGUCUUCCUGUACCGAGAUCCUACAGACAGCUUGGAGUAUUGGAAAGCUCUCCCGUUUACAGGCGAAGACUGGCUUUUGUCGUUCAGAAGCUUAGAGACCUCGAUGCGGGCAGACGGAAGGCCGUCGGCGCUCACGGGUACUUCGCAAACGAACCCAGCGAUCAUGAAGUGGCGGAAAUUGGCCUCAACUCGAUCUCUGAGCUAUUGCGCGCGGUGUUGAUGAUGAACACCUCCGCUCUAGAAGCCGAAAGAUCAAUCCACAGAGCAAAAGUGGAGAUGGGAGUACCCAAAAUCGACACUGGAGAUGUCGAUUGCUUACACAUUGAACGUGGCAUGACCGCGAAACAAGCAACGCCGGUAACGAGAUCGCCCGAACACUCUUCCGAUGACGCGUUGGCAACUAGGUAUGCCGGGCGGGCAGCGGCCCAUAGCAGCUGA